AUGGAAGACGCUCAGCUGUCCCACGGCUGUGACCUGCUGCUGCCCGAGUGCACCGAGGGGGGGCCGUCCUGCUUCAAGGCCCCCCAGGUCACAGGGGUCAGAGUUCAACUGGAGAUGCAGGCGCUAUGGCAACAGUUUGACCAGCUGGGGACAGAGAUGAUUGUCACUAAAGCUGGGAGGAGAAUGUUCCCCAGCUUCCAGGUGUACAUAUCUGGAUUGGACCCUGCGGCUGACUAUGUUUUGCUUAUGGACUUCAUCCCUGUGGAUGACAAGAGAUACAGAUAUGCUUUCCACAGCUCGUCGUGGCUGGUAGCAGGCCGAGCAGACGUGGCCACUCCUGGGAGGAUGCACUUCCACCCAGACUCCCCGGCCAGGGGUGCCCAGUGGAUGAAACAAACAGUCUCUUUUGACGCACUCAAACUUACCAACAAUCUGCUUGAUGACAAUGGGCAUGUGAGAGAAACCCAGAUGAUCCUGAACUCCAUGCACCGGUAUCAGCCUCGGUUCCAUGUGGUGUAUGUGGACCCAGGUCAGGACAGUCAGCUGCACCCUCACAGAAACUUUUGCUCCUUCACCUUCCCUGAGACCCGCUUUAUAGCAGUGACGGCCUAUCAGAACCAUCGGAUCACACAGCUGAAGAUAGCCAGUAAUCCGUUCGCUAAGGGCUUCAGAAACACAGACCCAGAGGACUGGUGA